AUGGCAGAAUUCUCUCAGACUUACCUGCCGGAUCGACCAUCGAAGCUCGCGUUCGGGAAACGUCUUUCUCACAAGUUCAAGCCAAAGAAAGGGAGACCCAAACAGUCGAUAACCGAGUCAUCUUCCGUCACGCCUAAUGCCAGUCAUCCUCAAGUUGCACUGCCAGUGUCUUGCGCGCGAGAACCACCUAUGGCUGACCACGUGCGCACGCGCCGGAUUACGUCACAGCCCGCCCCACGAUCGCUUCUGAAGACUCGUCCCCAAACACAACAAAGCGAAGCUGUCCAGCCUGGAAGAAGUCUCAGCAUCGCUUCGCUUGUGCUGCCCGAGCCACACCUUGUAUACCCAAUCUCCGCGCAACCAUCUUCGUACGAUCCUUUACAGUCGGAUGAACAAGGCGACGUGCCCCGGAUACAUAGGAAGGAACCUCCACAGUUGACAGUGAGAGACGCACUCACCGAGCAGUGGGGGAAGCUGCGACUGCCAAAUGUGCCACUCGCACCUGCCGACUUGUCAACGUCUAGUAGUGCAACGAACUUCUCACUUCCCCUCCAAUCUUCUACCUCAACCAAGACCGUAGCUGCCAAAGCAGCAUGGAACAGAAUGGCGGUCUCGAAUCCCAUCUUGCCGAGCUUUCGAGAGGAGCCGCUUUCACAAACGACACAGCCGGGUGUGAACCGCCCUCGUCAGGGCCAGACACAUAGCGAACCCAUAAUGAUCUACGAUGACAGUGAACUUGAUGCGACUGCAGGCUCGAACCGCCCUGGAGGCAAUUUCGAAAACACAAACUUCUUCCAGUCAGGCGGAUUAUCACGACAGUCGCUGAAUCGACGAAGAACUCGAAAGGCGAGGUUUCUACGAAUGAGGCCUGACCAUCGAUGUCAAAGUCCUGAUUCAUCGAGCAGUGGCUCUGAAGAUAUGCUAACACCCGAUAGCUCGGACAGCUCAGAGAGUUCGGAGUUUGACCUUGCAGCUCGUGUUGCGCAAAUCGAGAACCAGAACCUAAUCCGAGCCACUAGAUGUACACAAGGGUGGGGGAUUCCUCGGGGAGAUACAGAUUACGCAGCUCAGGAAGAGCAAGACCGUCUGUUGGCUGAGCAUCUGCAACGGGAAGAGGAUGCUACCUAUCGAACUACAGCGUCGCGCAUUGCGGAAGAGUCUGAACUACCCGCACCUCGAGCUGCGUCUCCUCGGGUACCGUCUCAAAAGAGUGGACGAUUGGCCAGUUUGCGGCGGGCCAUUACCAACAUCGGCACACGAGAGCAUCCUAUCGAUCUAGACCCGGAACCCGACGAGCCUAAAGUUAUUAUUCCCGAAAGGGCGCGAAUCCAAGACUAUGUGGCGCUAUACGGAGAGCCUAUGGAUAUUGAUGGUGUAUCGCCUUUCCAUCAACACAACGCAAGGCCGGUCGAUACACCACAGGCGACGAGCACCUACGUAGAUGAGAGGACGCAUCUGCGGAGUCGUGAUUGCGUCGUCUGUGGCGAUAGCGUUCAUGUUGUCGACCUACCCUCUCUUGCUGAAUGUGAUCAUCGACCGGAGACGUGUGCGGACUGUUACUCAGGAUGGAUAUCCGCGCAGCUCCAAAGCAGUAGCUGGCGCGAAGCCAAAUGUCCAGGAAACAAGUGCAAGACAGUGCUGUCAUACCAUGAGAUCCGGCUAUACGCGCAACCGGAGACCUUCCAGCAAUACGACACAUUCAUCGCCCGAGCAGCUUUCAGCGAAGAUCCCAACUUUCGAUGGUGUCGAGCGUGUGACUCCGGUCAGAUCCACAUGAGCGGUGUCGAAGGCAACAUCUUUACAUGUGUAGCAUGUGGACACAAAGUCUGUAUCAUCCACGAGAACACAUGGCAUGAAGGUGAAACUUGUGAGGAGUUUGAAUAUCGAUCUUCUGGUCGCAAGGAGCGAGACCAGAGAGCACAAGAAGAAGCGAGUCUUCAAGCGAUUGGGAAGCUGACCAAGAAGUGUCCCGGUCCCGGAUGUACGUGGAAUAUUGAGAAGAACGAUGGCUGCGACCACAUGACGUGCUCGAAAUGCCGCUUUGAGUUUUGCUGGAUCUGUCUUUGCAACUACAACAACGUCAGGCGAGCCGGCAAGACGCCCCAAAAGCCUGACCGUCCUGGCUUUGUCGAGACCCCCGGGCGCAGAAAGUCGCAACGCAAAUCGCUUGCGUCCGAUGUCGACGACGGAUACGAAUCAACGCCCGAGCCAGAGAACUUCUUGAAGCCCCUCCGAUCUGGCGACAGCGAUGUGAAGCACGAAGUCGAGGAAAAGAGCAAUGGCCAUGCCAACGGAAACGGACACGCCAACGGCUACACGAAUGGACAUACGAAUGGAAACGCAAACGGGCGUACAAAGAGCGAAAAGGAGAUCGUCGAGCUGGACUACAAGAUGGAGGCGGAAAAGUUCUUCUCGCCAAAGGACAAGUCCGGCCUGCACGAGUUCGGAGGCGCCAUUGGUAUGAGCAGCAUGAUGAUCUGCUUCCCAGCGCUCAUGUACUACAUGUGGAUUGGAGCGACCUUCUACGACGGCAAAUUCCCUACACCGACCGCGGGUCAGAGCUACGGCGACUUCUUUGGACACAUGUGGUAUCUGGUAAAGACCGAGGCGUUCCCGAACAACAAAGCAUGGCAGAUCUACUGGUUCUUUGGACUCAUGCAGAUGGCCUUCUACAUGCUCAUGCCGGGUGUCUACCGCAAGGGCAAGGCUCUGCCUCAUCUUGGUGGAAAGCAGUUGGACUACUACUGCUCGGCCAUGUGGUCUUUCUACUCCAGCAUUGUCAUCAUGUUGACCCUCCACUUCACUGGUGUCUUCAAGCUGUACACUCUGAUUGACGAGUUCGGCCACAUCAUGAGCGUAGCCAUCCUUUCAGGCUUCCUCUGCUCGACAAUCGCAUACGUUUCAGCUCGCGUCCGCGGCGCUGACCUUCGGAUGACUGACAACCCCAUUGUCGAUUUCUUCCUUGGUGCGGAGCUCAACCCCAGGCUUUUCGGCAUUCUGGACUUCAAGAUGUUCCUCGAGGUCCGCAUUCCGUGGUUCAUCCUCUUCUUCCUUUCGCUCGGUACCUGCUUGAAGCAGUACGAACAGUAUGGCUACGUAUCCAUAGAAGCCAUCUUCCUGCUCUUUGCCCACUACCUGUAUGCCGGCGCCUGCGCAAAGGGAGAGCACCUCAUCAUCACAACUUGGGACAUGUACUACGAGAAACUCGGCUUCAUGCUCAUCUUCUGGAACAUGGCUGGUGUGCCUCUGUCGUACUGCCACUGCACCCUGUUCAUCGCCAACCACCACCCAUCCGAAUACCAACUCCCGACCUGGUUCACAGCCCUCCUCACCCUUGCCUACCUUGGCGUCUACUACAUCUGGGACACGACCAACUCGCAGAAGAACCAGUUCCGUCAAGAGGAGCGUGGUGUUGUCGACGAGCGCACUACCUUCCCCUACUUCAAGUACGGACGCAUCGCCAACCCCAAGACCAUCCAGACAUCGCACGGCAACAAGAUUCUGGCUGAUGGCUGGUACGGCAAGGCGCGUAAGAUUCACUACACGUGCGAUUUGUUCUUUGCAAUCAGCUGGGGUCUUAUUACUGGUUUCAGCAGCCCGUUCCCAUGGUUCUACUCGGUGUUCUUUGCGGGUAUGAUCAUCCACAGGGCGCUGAGAGAUAUUGAGAAGUGUCGGGAGAAGUACGGCGAGGCAUGGAAGGAGUAUGAGAGGCAGGUGCCUUAUUUGUUCAUUCCGUACGUGUUUUAA